AUGUACAGAAGACUAGCUUCCGGAUUGUUCCAGACGUCUCAGCGAAAAAUCGCUCAAGCACACGCCAAACCAGUCUUCGUACCGGAAACGAUUGUAACAACGUUGCCGAAUGGAUUCCGAGUUGCUACAGAGAAUACGGGUGGCUCAACGGCAACGAUCGGUGUGUUCAUCGAUGCCGGAAGCCGUUACGAGAACGCGGAGAACAACGGAACCGCCCACUUUUUGGAGCAUAUGGCGUUUAAAGGAACGCCACGUAGGACGAGAAUGGGUUUAGAGCUGGAAGUGGAGAACAUUGGAGCACAUUUGAAUGCGUACACUUCCAGAGAGAGUACGACGUAUUAUGCAAAGUGUUUUACGGAGAAGUUGGAUCAGUCUGUGGAUAUUUUGUCUGAUAUUCUGUUGAACAGCAGUCUUGCCAAAAAUGAUAUCGAAUCUGAACGAGGAGUGAUUCUUCGAGAAAUGGAAGAAGUUGCUCAAAAUUUUCAAGAAGUCGUUUUCGACGACCUGCACACCUCUGUAUUCGAAGGAAAUCCUCUUAGCUUUACUAUUCUUGGACCAGCGAAACUUAUUAAAACAAUCAAUCGAAACGAUCUUCGAUCCUAUAUCGAUACACAUUAUCGAAGUGGUCGGAUGGUUUUAGCGGCGGCUGGAGGCGUCAAUCAUGAUGACGUUGUGAAAAUGGCUGAGAAAUAUUUUGGAGGGUUGAAGCAUGGAGAUUCUUCGAGUGAAUUCGUUCCGGCUGUUUAUACUCCGUGUGAUGUUAGAGGACAAAUUAAGGAGUUGCCCAUGCUUUUUGGAGCAUUGGUUGUGGAAGGAGUCUCGUGGACCCAUGAGGAUAAUCUGGCGUUGAUGGUGGCGAAUACACUAAUGGGCGAAUACGAUCGCAUGCGUGGCUUCGGAGUCAACGCUCCAACACAACUCGCCGAACUUCUCUCCCGUGACGACGGAAUUCAAUCGUUCCAGAGUUUCAACACCUGCUAUAAAGACACCGGACUCGUUGGCACCUAUUUUGUCAUCGAUCCGAAAUCGGUCGAUAAUUUUAUUGAUUCGGUGUUGAACCAGUGGAUAUGGCUGGCUAGCGAAGUGGACCAAGCUACAGUAGACCGUGCGAAACGCUCUCUUCUCACCAACAUCCUCCUAAUGCUCGAUGGCUCCACGCCGGUUUGCGAAGACAUCGGACGCCAGCUACUCUGCUACGGUCGCCGGAUACCUACCCCUGAGCUGACCGCCCGUAUCGAAUCUAUCACCGUUCAACAGCUUCGAGAAGUCUGUCAGAAGGUGUUUCUGAAGGGAAGAAUCUCAUCGACUGUGGUGGGGCCAGUAAGCAAGUGGCCAUCGAGAGAGGAGAUUCAUGGAAGACUAAUUAGGAUGAUUAGAUAG